CGUAGACCCUCCCACUAGCAGAAGAGUGACACGCCAUUCAAUUGCUGCCUGGCCCUUCGCUUGUAGGAAGCAGGAGGGAUCUUUGAGCGUUCUCGUACAGAAGGAUAAUAAUAAUAUCUGAUAGAAACCGACCACAUCUGCCCUGCGUGAAGCAAAAGUUCAGCCGAAUUGUGUCGACAUGGGGAUCCGAAAAAAGACAAACAACAAGAAUCCGCCAGUGCUGAGCCAUGAGUUUGUCAUCCAAAACCAUGCCGAUAUUGUUUCCUGUGUUGCUAUGGUGUUCCUUCUCGGGCUGAUGUUUGAGGUCACCUCAAAGUUUGCAGUGUUAUUCAUAACUGUCCAGUAUAAUGUCACCAUAUCAACAAAUGGCCCAGAGGAGACAGCCGUGAACCACUUCCACCAUGGCAUCAAGGACUUGGCCACUACCUUCUUCUACAUGCUGGUGGCCGUCAUCAUGCAUGCCAUUAUCCAGGAGUAUGUGCUGGAUAAAAUUAACAGAAAGAAGCACUUCUCCAAAACCAAGCACAGCAAGUUCAAUGAGUCGGGCCAGCUCAGCGCCUUCUACUUAUUCUCCUUCGGCUGGGGCGCAAGCAUCCUGCUUUCUGAAAAGCUCCUGUCCAAUCCAGUCACCCUGUGGGAGGGUUAUCCCCAUACACUGAUGUCAUUCCAGAUGAAAUUCUACUUCAUUUGUCAGCUGGGCUACUGGUUACACGCUCUCCCUGAACUGUAUUUCCAAAAGACAAAGAAGGAGGAUAUUCCACGCCAACUUGUGUACAUCUUCCUGUACCUGGUCCACAUUGCAGGCGCCUACAUUCUAAAUCUGAACCGUCUGGGUCUGGUCCUGCUGGUGUUGCACUACUUUGUCGAGCUUCUGUUCCACGUUUCCCGCCUGCUCUACUUCAGCAACGAGAAGAGACAAAUGGGUUUCACCAUAUGGGCCGUCUUGUUUGUCCUUGGACGGCUGCUCACCCUGUCCUUGUCCGUCCUCACCGUGGGCUUUGGUCUCGCCACAUCUGAGAAUCAAGGCUUUGAUUUGGCUGCAGGAAACUUUAAUGUUAUUUUUGUUCGGAUAACUGUCCUGGCUGCCAUCUGCCUCACUCAGGCCUUCAUGAUGUGGAAAUUUAUCAACUUCCAGCUGCGCCGGUGGAGAGAGCAUGCUCAAACUCAGACCUUGAAGAAGAAACAAGUUCCUUCCAAGAGCAAAUCAAAGAAAGACAAAGCCAAUGGAGUAAAUGGAGUGAACUCCCAUGGAGCCGAUUCACCAAGAGCAAGAAAAGAGAAGUCAUCAUAAAUACAUUCCCCUACCGCCCCCUCUAUCGCCACCUUCUCAAAGAACCAUCUCUCUCUCUCCCCCCCCCCCCCAUCCCCGUAUCUCCACGGCUGUAUCCAGCCAACAGUCCCUCCAGCUCCUUGACCACCAUAUGCAUUUUUCAGCUCCCACACAGGACUGACCUCCCAGCUGGACUUCAAGGGCCAGAAUGCAUAUAGCUUUGCUUGUCGCCAGUCGUCCAGCACGCCUUGAUUUAAAAAUCAUUGCUCUGCUGUGCCAUUUCAAACGAAAAGAAAAGAAAUCCCGAAAUAAACUAUGAAAAAAUACCUUAUUUAAGAAGUGCCUAUUGAUACAGAUUGUUUUGUACAUGCUGUGUAAUUUUAAAAAUUCAGGAAUGGUGACGUCAGUGUUUAAUGUUUUCUUGAAUCAGGCCAUUCCUUGCUUUUACCUAAAUAGUGGUUAUUACAGCUUGUGAUUUAUUUUCCUUUUUUCCUUGUAUUUAUAAGUGCUAGUCGAGCUCCUCUUCUUUGCCACUGACUCCUGUCCCUCUUUUGAGGGAUAUUUGUAAACAUUGUAUGGAGUUUAUAAAUUUCCUUAUAAUAUCUCUUAUUUUUCCAUCAGUGAAGGUUGCAUACAGUCUUGGUAUAAUCUCUGGGUUCACACCACAGACUUUUCAAACUCAAUCACAAAGACAUUGUCAAAGACAUUGUCACUGGCUAACAGACACCUAAAGAUGGAAAGUGAAGUAGCAAGUUUUCACUUGUAGAUAGAGUAGGGAAGAGUGUCUAAAAGCAACCAAGGAAAACAGGAGACAUCACCCUGUAAUACUGUAAGUAGAUUUACAAUUCAGUAUUGUGCAAAACUGCCAGCAAAGACGUAGUAACCUGAUGUAGCAUUUAAUUAUGAGUUCAGAGCAGCUUUGUAAUCACAACAGAACAUAUUGAUUGCCAUAAAAUGAUACCAAAUUUUUUGCAGUUUUUCCUAUAACACUGUCAAUAAAUGAACACACUUUGCGUUUUAGUUUUGAGUGAUGAGAACUUUAUAAGAGAUGGAAAGUAAAAUCAGGCAAAACAUC